CGAGUCCAGUCAGUGUACAAGUGCGCCAAUUCCUCUCUCUCUCAGUCGGAGACACCGUCAGGGUUUCUUAGGGUUCUUCUGCUCCGCCGCGAACUAACCAACCAACCUCCACAUUGCUCCGCCGUCAUCUCCAACCGAUUUCUUCACCGCUUUUCAUUCUCCUUUCACUGGUUGUUAUUUGUUAAUUUCUUGUCAUGGCGGAUUUGGAAAAUUUGCUUCUCGAGGCUGCGGGGAGGAACCGGCACUCUCUCCCGCCUUCGAGGCGAGGCGGUGAAUCUGAUGGUGGGAGUGAUUCUGAUUCUGGGGGUGAUGAUGAUGAUUCGGAUGAUGAGCGGAGUUAUCGGGCCGGAAAGCACUCGGCCAUGCAGGUUCCUUUGAAAAAGAGAUUGGAUUUGACUGAGAGAGAUGAUCGUGAUGGCGAUGGUGAUGGUUUGGGUGGAAGUAGCAGUGAUGAGUCUGAUGUUGGUGAUGAUCUUUACAAGAAUGAUGGUGAUAGGAAGAAGCUUUCUGAGAUGACUGAGCUGCAAAGGGAGAUGAUUUUGUCUGAUAGGGCUAGCAAGAAGGAUGAUAAAGGUUUGUUGGUGAAGUUAACACAGAAUCGCGGCGAUAAGGGGAAGACAAGAAGUGCAUCGAGGAUGGAGACUCCACCUCCCUCAUUGUCGUCCGGUAGGUCUGCUGACAGGUCUGCUGCCAAGGAUGAUGCGUUGAAUGAGUUGCGUGCGAAGCGGUCGAGGCGGCUGGGUUCCGAAGCACAGGUCACUGUAAGUGAGUUGUCUAGAAGUUCAGGGUUGUCACCAAAGCGCAAACCUUUCAGUAUUAGCGGCCCGAGCCGUAGUGAAAGUGAAGGCAGCUCCAGCAGUGAUGAGGAGGGUUUGGCUGGAGGUGGAGAUGGAGGGGUUAUUGACAGCGAUGAUGACAAGAUAGUAUCUGGAUUCGGAGGGCCUUCGUUUGAGGAUAUCAAGGAAAUCACCAUUCCUAGGUCGAAGCUUGCAAAAUGGUUCAUGGAGCCUUUCUUUGAGGAGUUGAUUGUUGGUUGUUUUGUGAGAGUUGGUAUUGGUAGGUCCAAAUCCGGGCCUAUCUACAGGCUCUGCAUGGUGAAAAAUGUUGAUGCCUCGGAUCCUGACCGGCUGUAUAAAUUUGAGAAUAGGAGUACAUACAAGUACUUGAAUGUUGUCUGGGGAAAUGAAACUUCUGCUGCAAGGUGGCAAAUGGCUAUGGUUAGCGAUUCUGCUCCGCACGAGGAGGAGUUUAAGCAGUGGGUUAAGGAAGUAGAGCGAAGUGGUGGACACAUGCUGAUGAAGAAAGAUGUGCUGGAGAAAAAACAAGAUAUUCAAAAGAUCAACUCAUUUGUUUACUCAGCAGCUACUGUGAAGCAGAUGUUACAAGAGAAAAAAUCUGCCUCAUCGAGACGGAUAAAUGUUGCAGCCGAGAAGGAUCGGUUGAGGUGGGAAAUGGAAUUAGCACAAAGUAAGCAUGAUGAAGCUGCAGUGGAGAGGAUCAAGACAAGACUGGAAGAAUUGGAGGCGUCCCGGAAAGCUCAGGAGAAGGAUGCCAAGGCUUUAAGGCUUUCUGAAAUGAACAGAAAGAACAGGUUUGAGAACUUCAAAAAUGCUUCUCAAUUGAAGCGAGCAAACAUGGAUUUGAAAGCAGGGGAGGCAGGUUAUGAUCCUUUUUCAAGGAGAUGGACUAGAUCAAGGAACUACUAUGUUUCAAAACCUGGUGAAGAAGCUGCAGCUGGGAGUACUAUUGCUGAUGCCGCUGCAGUGGCUGAUACCGGAAGCAAGGGGACAAAAGCAGCAGUGGUAGUGGAGACUGGCAUGGUGGCUACUGCUGCAGCUUUGGAAGCUGCUGCUGAUGCUGGGAAGUUGGUAGACACAAGCGCUCCGGUGGAUCAAGGGACAGAGUCAAAUGAGCUGCACAAUUUUGAGCUGCCAAUAUCAUUAUCCGCACUCCAAAAGUUUGGUGGUGCCAAAGGAGUUUAUGCAGCAUUUAUGGCCAGAAAACAAAGAAUUGAAGCAGUUGCUGGACUUCAAGUCCCAGAAAAUGAUGGCAAGGUGCAUCCGCUGACAUUAACAGUUAGUGAUUACAAGAGAAGAAGAGGGCUUCUUUGAAAGGUGUUAAAGCAACAAUUUUCAUCAGCUCAACUCUCUUCUAAGAUGAAAUCGGUUUAUAUUUUGUCUGUGAAUAACAAAAUUUUACCUUGAACCUUUUCAA